CAAUACUAUAAACACCCAUGUGGGCCUUCCUGACGUAUAUUUCGUGUUGUGGAUUUUCCCAUAGUCAGUCCGCGUCGCUAUCGCAAGUGUACAGUCUAUUUUUAUUGGACGGACCUUCGCAUCGAAGUUAAUUAAGGUAAGAAAUGGCACGUACCAAGCAGACCGCCCGUAAAUCUACUGGAGGAAAAGCUCCAAGGAAACAACUGGCCACCAAGGCGGCACGUAAAAGUGCGCCCUCCACUGGCGGCGUGAAGAAGCCACAUCGUUACAGGCCCGGCACUGUGGCGCUGAGGGAGAUCCGGCGGUACCAGAAGUCCACCGAGCUGCUGAUCCGAAAGCUGCCCUUCCAGCGCCUGGUGAGGGAGAUCGCCCAGGACUUCAAGACCGACCUGCGUUUCCAGAGCGCUGCGAUCGGAGCCCUGCAGGAGGCCAGCGAGGCGUACCUGGUCGGGCUGUUUGAGGACACCAACCUGUGUGCCAUCCACGCCAAGCGCGUCACCAUCAUGCCCAAGGACAUCCAGCUGGCCCGCAGGAUCCGAGGGGAGAGGGCCUAGGCUGGGGGCGGCCGAUUUUUGUUACCAAACCCCCCCCCCCCCCAUCCUGUCCAGCCACUCCCCCCAGCCCCCCCCCCCCCAAACCCUCCAAUCUUAUUGGAUAUGUGUUUUUAAAAGAGGUUCUUUUGCUUUCCUGUUAUUUUAUUUUUUUUGUAAUGGUCUGUUUUUUUAAAUUUUGUUAAAUUAAGAUCAUUCCAUGGGAUUUUGACUCCUGGGUGAUUUUUUUUGACUCUGUUUUGCCCCAGUAGGGCAGAACGGUCCAAAGAGGGAUGGCUAGGUGUCAGAUUCCAGGAACUCCAUAGUCCUCCUCCCACCCCACCCUGUCCUCACCAUUUUCAGAGGUUGAAGCUGCAGAGGCUUCCGCCGGUCUUCUCCCGUCUCCGGGGGUAACGGCUGUGGUCAUGUGACCUGAGGGCCGGGCCAGUCCAGGACCUCAUCCUGCAAUAAUCCUGCCCCCAGAACCUCUGAUAAAACCAGCGAACGGGGACCCCGCCCCCCCCCCCCCCCCCCCUUGGACACCACUAUCUCUGAUCUGUUGUCUUCACGGAAUGUGCAGGCCCCGUGGGUUCUCUUUUUGGCCUGCUUUUUAUACAUCUUAAUUUUUAAUAUUCCAGUGCAAACCUUGGCAGCUAUAUUAUUAUGAUUAACGACGUGUAAUUUUUUUUUUUUCUUUUUUUUUUUUUUUUUCCUGUGACAUUGUAGUCUUUGUAUUAAAGAACUUUCAGGGUA